GAUCUCUAAACGCUUCUUCAGUUCAUCUCCCAACAGCUUCACCCAACUCACAUGGAAUCUCCGGCCAAAUCGUCCACCUGCCAUUUGCUGGCUCUACCCUAUCCUGGCAGAGGUCACAUUAACCCCAUGAUGAACCUCUGCAAGCUACUCUGUUCCAAGAAAUCCGACCUCGUCAUAACCUUCGUGGUCACUCAAGAGUGGUACGGCUUCAUUGGCUCCGACAGCAAACCGGCCAACGUCCGUUUCUGCACGCUUCCAAAUGUAAUCCCAUCCGAACUUGCUCGAGCCAAGGACUUUCCCGCUUUCUUCGAAGCAGUGUUUACCAGGAUGGAAGCGCCGUUUGAGCAGCUCCUUGAUCGGCUCCAGUUACCGGUCACCGUCUUACUAAUUGAUACUUACAUGGGUUGGGCUGUUCGAGUAGGGAAUCGGAGGAAUAUUCCGGUGGCUUCGCUUUGGACCAUGUCGGCGUCGGUGCUGUCGGUUCUUCACCACUUCGAUCUUCUCGUGAAGAAUCAGCAUUUUCCGGUUAAUCUAUCAGAGCAUGGUGACGAGAUUGUGGACUACAUCCCUGGACUUCCUUCUAUCACUUUAGCAAAUCUGCCAACAAUUCUCCAUGGAACCGGCCACCAGACCUUGCCCCGAGCUCUGGAAGCUAUUUCGUUGAUUCCCAAAUCUCAAUAUCUUCUCUUCACUUCUGUCUACGAGCUUGAAUCCCGAGUUAUUGACGUUUUGAAGGCAGAAUUUACUUUCCCUGUCUAUGCAAUUGGACCCAGUAUACCUUUCUUCACAUUGAAAGAUAAUUCCCCAACUUCCAACUACCUACAGUGGCUGGAUUCCCAGCCUAAAGCUUCAGUCUUGUACAUAUCUUUGGGAAGUUUUCUAUCAUUGAAUUGAUUUUAUUAAGAUAAAAGAUUGCCUUUUUG